ACACACAAACAAAAGUAGUAGAAGAACCAACAAAAAUGGCAAACAUCUCACACUCGACGUUCAUGUUCUCCAUCAUUUUCCUCAUCUCGACAGCGACGGCUGCCACAUUCGAAAUCCUGAACCAAUGUAGUUACACCGUGUGGGCUGCCGCAAGCCCCGGAGGUGGCCGACGUUUAGAUGCCGGCCAGUCAUGGAGGCUAGAUGUCGCUGCCGGCACUAAAAUGGCACGGAUUUGGGGUCGGACCAACUGUAACUUUGACUCCUCGGGCCGUGGCCGAUGCCAAACUGGUGACUGCAGUGGUGGACUUCAAUGUACUGGUUGGGGACAGCCACCAAACACGUUGGCUGAAUACGCUUUGAACCAAUUCAACAACUUAGACUUCUACGACAUCUCCCUUGUCGAUGGAUUUAACAUUCCUAUGGAGUUUAGCCCAACUAGCUCGAACUGCCAUCGGAUAUUAUGUACCGCAGACAUAAAUGGACAGUGUCCGAAUGAGUUGAAAGCCCCGGGUGGUUGCAACAACCCGUGCACGCUAUCCACAAGACGACCCGCCAGCACUUUCACUUGCACCAACACUAACUACAGGGUCGUGUUUUGUCCUAGAGCUAGGGUCGCUGCUACUGGAUCCCACCAGCUCCCGAUCAAGAUGGUCACAGAAGAGAAUUAAUAGACUGGUAUCUACUGUAUGUAUCUGUGAAUGUGUGUUUAAGUUGGACAUAUUUCUCGCUUUCCGGUCAAUCAAUCUAAAAAUAACAG